CCAUACACCGCUAUGCACACCCCCGUAGGCCAACUACAGAUGCAAGUGACCCCUAUGGAAUUCACAAACGCGGUGGCCGAAGCGCAACGCAGGAUGCUCGUUGUGGCCGGGGAGAUGUUCCCAGAGAAAUGUGAGCCUUACAUCGAUGAUAAUCCGAUCAAAGGCGCGCAGGAGAAGGACGAGACGGAAGUCCAGCCGAGGAUUCGACGUUUUGUGAGGGACCACCUGCAGGACAUCAAGGACUUACUCCGCCGGUUCCUAGUAUACAACAUUACGGCUAGUGGACCAAAGAGUAUCCCAGCAGUACCAGAGGUAACUAUACUAGGAUUUCGUUGUGGUGCUUACGGCAGGAAGCCGGAUCCGGCAAAGACCGACAAGAAAUCACAGUGGCCGACACCACUGCGCACGGCGAUGGAGGUAAGGGUAUUCCUGGGCGUGGUCGGCUCUUGGAGGAUCGUCAUUAAGAACUUUGCCAAGAUUGUUGAUCCUAUCCGGGCUAUGAUCAUGGAAAAAGGAACCAUGGACUGGACGGAGGAGCGAGAAGGGGUUGUCCAAAGGCUCAAGGACAUAUUCACAUCUGAGACAGUCGCCCUGUCCGCACUUUGUUUUAAUGACGAAGUGGGACGACCCUUCAUCCUAGAGACGGAUAGGGGACCUUUGGCCGUAGGAGGUGUGUUGAUUCAAAGGGAUGAGGGAGGAAAAGAGAGGCCGAUUAGGUUUGAAAGUAGAACCCUGAACUCCGCAGAACGGCGGUACUCGCAAUUCAAGAAGGAAGUCCUAGCCAUCCUGCAUUGCCUUAAGACCUUUCAGGCCUACCUAUUCGGGAGGCGGUUCAUCUUAAGGAUCGAUCCGACGAAUGUCGCAUGGGCUCUAAAGAAUUACAGGCUUAUAGAUCCGACGAUAGGGAGAUGGGUAGGAUUCAUCUGGCAGUUCGAUUACAAGAUCGAAUGGAUUGUUGGAAUCCGCAACAAGGCAGAUGGGCUGAGUCAGGUUUGCAUCACUCCCGAAGGGAUGGAGGAUGCAGAGCCCAUAGACGCAUUCCUCGAAUACGAAGGAGGGACUCUCGCGGUGGAUAACGAAAUGAUGAGCGGGGAAUGCACAUCGAGAGAACUAUUGAUCCAGACUUUGGAGAAGGGGGCACCUGCCGUAGUAGCAGAACUUAGAGAAGGAUCAGUUACCACUCGAGGACGCAGGGAAGAAAAGGAUUCAUGGGGAGCGAUAGUAGGACGGAAAGAGGAACUAAUGGCAAUGGCGGUCGAGGGAGGACGGGAAGCAGUGAUGAGCUUAGUGGAAUCUUGGGAAAGGAAAGAGUUGCAAUGGUUGCUAAACCAGAUGCAGGAAGGAAAGGAUGAGGGCAAUGAAGGAAAGGAGUUUUUCUAUGUCCAAUCAUACGAAGGGCUCUUCCAUGAGAUCGGGCUGUUAUUGGUAUAUCUGGAUGCGCGAGACAACCUGAGCGGGUUCGUGGAGGCAGUCGCCCUUAAGAAAAAGACAGGGAGAAGUGUGGAGGACUGGAUAGAAGACUUUUACUUGAGGCAUCCAUUCGUCUGGAGGUUUAUAACAAACAAUGGGAUGGAGUUUGUAAACCAAGAAGUAUUGGGGGUGCUUAAGAGACUCUGCGUACUGAUCAAACUCAUCGAGCCGUAUCACCCUGAGGUCAAUGCACCUGUGGAAAGGGGGCACCGAACCUUGAAGAACACGAUUGCAAAGCUCACAGCGGACCAUCUGGGAAACUGGCCUAGGUAUCUUAAGCAGACUGUCUUUGCAGAGAAUAUGACCCCUAAAAGGACAACAGGGUGUAUCCCGACAGAGCUUUGGUAUGGAAAAGAGAUCGACUUUCCUGUGAAAGCCUUGGUACCUACCUGGAAUAGGUUAGAUGAUGAUCCGCAAAUGACCACUGAAGAGUUGAUCGAGGCAAGAUGUCAACAAAUCCUUCAGAAUGAGGAGGUCAUGGAAGACAUCGCCAACCGGGUGCUGGACAGCAGAAUGAGGGACAAAGCAAGGUGGGACUAUGUUAAGAAUGUCAGAAAGGAGUCACUUCAGGUGGGGGAGAUGAUAUUGCUAAGGAACUCGACACUAGAAAGUACUUGGUCGGGACAGUUGGGAAGGAGGUUCAAAGGUCCCUACCGGGUCGCCAAGCUGCUGGGACUGAACACCUUCGAACUGGAAGAUUUGGAUGAAACUGGAUUGAAAGGGCCCUUCCCGAGGCAACGACUGGUCAGGUUUCUAAAUCGGGACCCAGUGGAACAAUGGCUUCACGAGGCCGAAGAUAAGAAAAUUGAGGAGCCACAAGCUAAAGACUGACCACAGCCUUGCCCACACUAUGUUUUGUCUCUGACCAUGUUCGUGGGACUGUCAUUUUUUUUUGGGACUGGCGCUUUGGCGUGGACUGACUGAGGUUGAAAGGCAGCAUGACUUGGGGGCUUGCAAUAUCUGGCUUGUGUGACAACGGGAAGGGAUGUUUGGGGCAUUGUACCAUAGUUUUUGGAAAAUAAAAAUAAAAAUCAUCACAAACGAUGCAUUCGCAUGUAUAAUAGGGGCAUGCUGCGAAGGAUGCUGGGAGCAUUUUGGAAAAAAUGGGGGACUACCUACCAGACUGGGGGAAUGGGUGCAUGAGGGGCUUUGCGGGUGUUGUUUUGUUAUACAGGGUCUAAAAGAAAAAAAAAGAUGGAGUUCGGUGACGAAAAUGACAGCGGGGCAAUCAACAGGCCUACCGGAG